AUGGGCAACUGCAGUGGUCUGCCGGCCCGCCAAAUCUUCGCCGGCAACCCCCUCGAUCAGUCCGACCACCGCCCUCCCUCAAACGGUGUCGUCAAAGUCCUCCCACCCAAUUCCGACCCUUCUCCGCCUCCACCCCUUCCCAAACAAAUUUCGUCAUCAUCUGCGCCGCCCGCAGUUGGCCGGGUUCUUGGUCGGUCCUUUUCCGACGUCCGGUCGGUUUACUCCUUUGGCCGCGAGCUAGGUCGCGGCCAAUUUGGUGUCACUUACUUAGUCACACACAAGGAAACGAAGCACGAGUUUGCCUGCAAAUCAAUCGCCACUAGAAAAUUGAUCAGUCAGGAUGAUGUUGAAGAUAUCCGCCGGGAGGUUCAGAUUAUGCACCAUCUCACCGGGCACCCCCACAUUGUUGAACUGAAAGAAGUCUACGAAGACCGCCAUUAUGUCAAUUUGAUUAUGGAGCUCUGCGCCGGCGGUGAAUUGUUCGAUCGUAUUAUUGCUAAGGGACACUACUCUGAAUCCACUGCGGCCUCGCUUUGCCGGCAGAUUGUGACGGUCGUUCAUAAUUGUCACUCCAUGGGAGUUAUGCAUAGGGACUUGAAACCGGAGAACUUCUUGUUUUUGAGUACUGAUGAGAAUUCGCCUCUCAAGGCUACGGAUUUUGGGCUUUCUGUGUUCUUCAAACCAGGUGACGUUUUUAAAGAUCUAGUUGGAAGUGCAUACUAUGUAGCUCCAGAAGUUCUUCGUCGAAGUUAUGGACCCGAGGCUGAUAGUUGGAGUGCUGGAGUUAUACUAUACAUUCUACUCAGUGGAGUUCCUCCUUUCUGGGCAGAGAAUGAUCAAGGUAUUUUUGAUGCUAUUCUUCGGGGACAUAUUGAUUUCUCAUCGGAUCCUUGGCCUUCCAUAUCCAGUGGUGCCAAAGAUCUGAUUCGGAAGCUGUUGCAGUCCGAUCCUAAAGAGCGAUUAUCCCCCUUUGAAGCUCUAAAUCAUCCAUGGAUGAAAGAAGAUGGGGAAGCACCUGACAAGCCUCUUGAUAUUGCUGUUUUGACUAGAAUGAAACAGUUCAGAGCAAUGAACAAACUCAAGAAAGUAGCUCUAAAGGUGAUUGCUGAAAAUCUUUCAGAAGAAGAAAUUGUGGGAUUAAAGGAGAUGUUCAAGUCAAUGGAUACCGAUAAUAGUGGAACUAUCACUUUCGAGGAGUUGAAGGCUGGUCUUCCGAAACUGGGUACAAAGCUUUCCGAGACUGAAGUUAGGCAGCUGAUGGAAGCAGCUGAUGUGGAUGGAAAUGGAACAAUCGACUACAUCGAGUUUAUUACAGCUACUAUGCACAUUAACAGAGUCGAUAGAGAGGAUCACUUAUUCAAAGCUUUUGAGUACUUCGACGAAGACAAAAGCGGGUAUAUCACAAUGGAGGAGUUGGAGUCUGCCCUCAAGAAGUACAAUAUGGGUGAUGAAAAAACAAUAAAGGAGAUUAUCGCAGAAGUUGACACGGAUAAUGAUGGACGAAUAAACUACGACGAAUUCGUUGAAAUGAUGAGGAAAGGAAACCCGGAGUUGACCACAACCAGACGGCAAAAAUGAAGCUGAGUUUCUUCAUUCUUUUGGCUGUGUUGUCUGUUCCAUUAGGGUUGAAGUUUUGUUUACAGGAAACUUCAACUAUUCUGAGCCUUUUUGUGUGUGUUAUUCUGAGAUUUGAGUGUAUAAGAAUAUCAAUAUGCUUGGGUAGAUAAGUCUCCUAGGAAUGUAAUGUUCUUUAGAAUGAAAAUGUAAUGUCAGUCUGUAAAUCCACCAAAUGACCAGAGAGGAAGAGAAAAAUGUACUCAUCUUUAGUUUUGUUUUAUCAGUGAGCUUGAAAAAGGCCACACUGUUAUUGUUGUUGAAAAAAAAUAAAGAACCUGUUCUUAUGCUCUGA